CAUACAAUCUUAUCACUGUGUGUACUUUCAUGAUAAAGCACCAUGGCCAAAGCUCGGGGACUCACGACGAGCGUCUUGUCAGCUCCCAAGUCUUGCCCAAUGGUGUAUGGCGAUCUGUUCUCCGCGGUGUUCAAGAUUCCCCACGAGAGCGUGAAAACGCGUGUUUUGCACGCCGUCGUGGCCGCUCUCAAUGGGGAUUCCCCUCUGAGGUCAUGUCGCUGUUCGGCACAAGUCGAGACGACGGACCGCAGUUCACAGACGACCUUCGACGAGACAGCGUCAGCUGAAGUAGCGGCAGAGACGCAAGUGGAUACGCAAAAGCCCCAAAUUAUCUCGGUCGGUGGUGUGGUGAAGUUGGGCAAGAAGCGGCGGAAUCUCACGCCUCAGGCGAGCACUGGGCAGGAUCUGGGCGUGAGAUUUUCCGGGCGCCAGAAGACGACCAGCACCGCUCGGACGAAAGUGUGGCCGAAGGUGUCCAGCGUGUCCACGAAGGACUAUCUGGAGGAGGCGAUUGCGGCGGCUAUUGACGAUUGCGGGAACAUCGACAAGAUGAUUGAAGAUCUGGGGCAGAACAAGGCAAUCGACAUGGACAAGACGGUGAAGGACAUGAUGCUGAAGGACUGGCUGGAGUGUGACAAGCUGAAGAAUGGAUUCUUACCCAUUCAUUCUGCUGUUCUCGACGGCGAUGAGAUCUACUUGAAGCGACAGUGCUUGACGCUUGACUUCCGUGGCUUUGGAGUGGAUCUCAAGACCUCAGAUGGCUUCACAGCGCUCCACAUGGCGCUAAAGUGCCAAGCAGAGAUGCCAAUUGUCCAGUUACUCCUGAAUUACAACGCCAGCGUGUCCACACUGGAUGCAUCGGGGAAUAACAGUGUCCUCCUGGCGGGGAAACACUGCAAGGACUUGCAAAUAUUCACCAUAAUCCUCCGCAAGACGCCUUUCAGUGAAUUGCAGCGAGAGAACUUUCAAAGUCAUGGAAUUUUCCGUGUUGUUGUGGACUCUGAACGCGUGGAUUUCCUCCACGAAUUAUUAUAUUACGUGGAUGAGUGUUUAGGACUGCAGUCGAUAUUUCCGAAGAACUUCGACGAGAAGAAAAUCUCCAUGGAGAAAUACUAUGUGGAGAAGCUGCAAGAGUUUACAAGAUUGAGUGCAGACGAAGACUUGAGGAUAAGUGAAAGGAAAGCGAGAUUAUUGAAUCAGCGAGACAAAACCGCUGGGAAAACUCCCCUUUUCUGUGCAGUGGAGAAGCAAAAAGAAAUCAUUGUUCUCGUCCUUUUGGCGAAUUUUGCUGAUCCUCGGAUAAAGACACACGCCAGCAUCGAGGCUCACAUGCUGGCCAAUGAGAUCCUGAAGCACAAGAAGAUAUCAGCGCAUCUUAUCAAUGCAGUGAAUGCAUUUGACAAUUUCGAUGGUGUGCAAAGCCUUGACGAAGUGUUAACUAAAAAACCCGUGAAAACAACAGUGAGAAAGAUUUUACGAGAUGAUCAAGAUGGGAUUAGGAAGAAAAGAAUGAAGAUUCACUAGGAAAAUAUUGGAAAGUAAAAUUGUAUAAAUAUAUAUGGUUCUUGGGCUUACCUAACUGAUGGGUAGUUUUCA